AUGCACCCAUUCUCCAUCCUCACCCUCGGCAUCUUUGUAGCUGGCUACACUACUGCGCGCUGGGACCUCGUCACUCGCUUGUAUGAGCUUGCUAUUUUUGCCUGGGAAUAUCAAGUCGCCGUUCGAGCUGCCAAAGGUGCCAUUGCCUUGACCGCUCUCUUCUUCAUUGUCGUUUUACCAGUCUACCUCCUGGCCAAGAAAGAGACGCAUCUCCAUCCAAGGCGGCCCGGUAUUGCCGUGUCAGCUCGAGAACAGCUACGGCGCCGAGGCUCAUUCUGA